AGGCUGCUAGAAGGAAGCCUAGGAGAUCCUGCUCCAAUGCCACUGUCUGCUCCAAAGCAACAGCCAACUGGAUCCCCUCGACACCAAGCUAGAGGAAUUGGUCAGCAACAGAGAGGAGCUCCUCAGCUAGUAACACCCCAGCAUCCAGAAAAAUCAGCUCCUCAGGACAGGCACUUUUCACAAGCAAAACAUCUCAGGACUUCAGAACCGAGCAAAUUACCAACCACUGUCCAAGAAAAAAAGCUUCCUGCUCCAUCAGAAGGAAAGCCACUGCCCAAACUACCCGAAGAGCCUCCAAAAGCUUCUGAAAGUCAUUUGCCAAAGGGGAAAACUAUGACCACAAAACCGGAAGCAGUUAUCAAAGACAGCAUGACGAUAUCUGAGUCUCAGAAAAUGAGAGAACAGGAGGAAUCCAAUAAGCCUUAUGCCUCAGACCUGUCCCGUAGUCCCCAAAGCCUGAGUGACACUGGCUAUUCAUCUGAUGGGAUCUCCAGCUCCCAGAGUGAAAUCACAGGCUUGGUGCAGCAAGAAGAAGAGCAGCUAAAUGAAACCGGAAUCACAGAGCUGAGCCCUCCAAGCCCUUCAGAACUCACUAAGCUAGAAAGCAGCAUGCGCCCCCUACUGGAGUCAAAGGGAUUGACCCAAGAGCCAACAGACAGAGGUAAAACAUACCAUGAAUUACAGGAGGAGCAGAGGCAGAGACAGAGGCCACGGUCCCUUUCUAUCACCCCAGAAGCUUUUGAUUCUGAUGAGGAGCUAGAAGACAUUAUGGAAGAAGAUGAAGACUCUCUAGAAUGGGAGAACCAGAAGGAGCAGAGGGAGAGCAUGGAGUCUUCAGAUGACUUUGGCAGCAAGCUGCGCCAUGACUAUGUAGAGGACAGCAGUGAAGGAGAGUUCUCCCUGUUACCAACGAGGCAGAAAAGCCAUGAACCCAAGAUGACUGAUGAAGAGUUCAUGAGGAGGCAGCUCCUGGAGAUGAGUGCAGAGGAAGAUAACCUUGAGGAGGAAGAAGAAUACGACCGUGUAAAAUACAGUGUUGCAAAAAAUGGACACAAACCUGACUCAGAAAAAAGCAGGGAGGCUACCUCAUCCAAGAGGCACCUGCCUCACAGCAGUGGCAGCAUAUAUGAGGAAGAAAGAAAAGAGCAGAAAAGUACUGAAGGGGAGGACACGACAGCAUCUCAGGGAGGUUUGCGGCGUUUCAAGACUAUUGAAUUAAAUAGCACUAACCAUUAUGGCAGAGAAAUGGAGAUCGGCCAAGAGGCAGACAUAAGCCUGGAUAGAGAGCCAGAACUGGAGAUGGAGAGCCUGACAGGGUCUCCAGAAGACAGAUCAAGAGGUGAAUAUUCUUCUACCUUGCCAGCAACAACACCCAGUUACACAUCAGGAACCUCCCCCACCUCCAUCUCUUCCCUGGAGGAGGACAGUGAUAGUAGCCCUAGCCGCAGACAGAGACUGGAAGAGGUUAAGCAGCAGAGGAAAGCCCGGCAUCGGUCUCAUGGCCCUCUGCUGCCAACCAUAGAAGAUUCUUCAGAGGAAGAAGAGUUGCGUGAGGAAGAGGAGCUUUUGCGAGAACAGGAGAAAAUGCGAGAGGUGGAACAGCAGCGCAUCCGAAGCACAGCUCGGAAAACAAAAAGAGAUAAAGAAGAGCUGAGGGCACAGAGGAGGAGGGAGAGAUCUAAAACUCCACCCAGCAAUCUGUCUCCUAUUGAAGAUGCAUCCCCCACCGAGGAACUGCGGCAGGCUGCAGAGAUGGAGGAACUGCACAGGUCUUCCUGUUCAGAAUACUCUCCUUCCAUUGACUCGGAAGCAGAGGGGUUUGAUGUCAUUGCCUCCAAGCUGUACAAGUCUGGCAGUGAGUACAAUCUUCCAACAUUUAUGUCCCUCUAUUCUCCAACAGAAAAAACUGGUGGCUCUGGUUAUCCCUCCAGCAAGCCCCUGAAAAGUGCUGAAGAAGCAUAUGAAGAGAUGAUGAGGAAGGCAGAAAUGUUUCAAAAGCAGCAACCAUCCCAACAACACUACAGCAACACCUUCCAGCAAGUAGGCUAUCGUAGUUCAGAAGGCCAAAAUAAUUUUGAAUACCAAUACAUAGACGACUACAGCUAUGAUGGCCGGAAUCUGGAUUCCUCUCAAGUUGAUUACCAGAAUGAACUUUCCAAAUCUGGGGCAGUUUAUGAAGAAAUCCUUCAGACAUCACAGAAUAUCUCCAGAAUGCAUCAGUCCUCUUCCCUGGAUUUGACACUUGAACAGGAAAUAAAGAAGAAAGGGAGAGAAGAGCCCUAUCAAGACAAGCAGUAUCUGAAUGCAGAGAGCGCUUACGACAGUGGCCCACUCACUCCUGGGACAAGCCCUACACAGUUAUCUGCUCCUGUCUCCUUUUCACCCACUGAAAGCAGUACAGGCAGAAUAAUCCCUGAUGUUAGAGUCACUCAACAUUUUGCAAAAGAGAGUCAGGAGCAGCUGAAGCUUCAUAGCUCACCUGCUGCACCUAGCUCAGUUUCAAAGAGUGUAACGAUGCCUUACACAUACGCUAAAGGAUCUAGCACCAUCACCACGGUCGUUUCUAGUCCUGCAAGUGCACCACGAAUCUACAGCUCCCCAACAUCUUUGAGUGGCUCAGAUGUACCAUCUGUGUCCACUACAAGCAGAAGUUAUAGUCAAACAGAAGUGACAGCGAGUUAUGGCUCUCAAACAGAAAAUAUUUCCAGAGUCAAGAGCAUUGCAGAGAUUAGUGGAGCAUCAGCAAGAGAGAAACUCCAAAACAUGACUGACAGCAAGGCCAAUGCACCUAUGUCAACACCUAAAAUGCAUUCAUUCUUCAAAAGCUCCAGCCCACCACUUUCCCCUUCUUCUCCUACUAAAAGCCCCACUCAUUCUCUUCCAAGAAUUGGGAUGCCACCCAGUUCAGGGAUGGGAGCUAAAUCAACUGCAGAGUUUUCUACCCAAACGCAUAGCACAAUUCUUGCUUAUGAUGCCCCCACUACUACUGCUGUAUCAACAUCUUCUCCAAUGAUAGCUCAAGGAACACAAACGCCUUGCCGAUCUAGUUCCCCUCGCCUUGCUAGGCAACAGUCAUCACAAGAAGCCCCCUUUAUGGUCAUCACAUUAUCAUCUGAUGCAGCCAUUCAAACCAAGCCAAUUGGUGUAAGUUCCUCCAUUUCACCAGCCUCCUCUCCAACUCGGCAGGGCCGCCAGCAAACAAUGCAUAGUUACAGUCAGACAGUGAUCAAUGCAGCACAACUCCAACAAGAGCAGCUGCAGUCCACUUACACAAAGACCCAAUCAGUGCUAGAAAGAGCCUCUGCUUCUAGUGCUGCAAUGCAGAAAGUGCAAACCACUGCUGCUGAGAGCAUUCCUGGUGUGUACAGCUGGGGAACACUGCCUGCAGAGAACAUUUCUUUGUGUAGAAUAUCAUCAAUACCUGGGACAUCCAGAGUAGAACCUGGCCCCAGACCAGUUGGUAGUAAUAUUGUAGACUUGCGGACUGCAAUAAAGUCAGCACCAAUCAUUAUAACAGAUCAGGGGAUGGAUCUCACAUCCCUAACUACUGAGAGCAGAAAAUAUUGCCUCACUAUGGACCAGUCACCAAGCCGGCAGUCCACUGCCAUCCAACCCUUAAUUAUCAAUCUUAAUGCCCAGGAACAGCCCCAUGCUAUCAUAAGCACAGCCACCACAGUCAGCAUAACUGUUGCAUCUUCCAUGCUUGUGUCUCAGCCAAAGCAGCCUGCAGUCUAUGGAGACCCUUUCCAGAACAGAAUGGACUUUGGUCAAGGGACAGGCAGUCCUGUCUGUCUGACACAAAUUAAACAGGUCGAACAAGCGGUUCAGACUGGCAUCUUCAGAGAAGCUGUCGGUGGCACUGGCAUUUCUGCUUCUGCUGGCCAUCCAGAAGUUGCAGGUCUACAGCAAACAAAAUUUGCAAGGUAUAAUUUGCCCAACCAAAUGACAUCCUUGAUGAAGAAAGAUGCCCCGAUCACUCAGACCGCUAAUGUACAGAGCAUUGUGAGUGCCAUUCCCAGACAGUUUCCUCAAGAUCAAAGUUCAGAGGUAUAUAGAGGGAUCCCAGCGGAACUAAAAACGCAGACACCCCCAGUCCCAAUAGGCAAUAAGAAAUCCCAGGUUAUGAUGGUGCAGAUAGAAGAUAUAGCAGCAGGAGGUCCUGUCACAAAACUAAUCAAAGAGGAGCCUCCUUCCAAUGCACUGGAUCUCACAGGAAUGAAGCCUGAAAGUCAAGUGGCAUGCUGUGAUGUAGUAUAUAAAUUUCCAUUUGGAGGCAGCUGCACUGGGGCUUUUAACCCUUCUUCCAAGGUUCCAGAGAAAAAUGUUGGGGAUGCAGCUAACGCUGACAAACCUAGUGGCCAAUACUAUCGUGGCAGAGAACAGGAAGUGUCAGAUACAUAUCCUUAUAGAGAGCAUGCAGCACCAGGGCCUAAUCCAUACGAAGAGCACAGGUUCUAUCAUCAUGGUCUAUUUGGGAGACUGUACUCCUCAAUGUCAGAUACAAAUCUUUCUGAAAUGGGUUUGAACUAUUACUCUGUUAAAGGAGAGCAGCCCUUCCACUCUCCUGCUGGGGACUCUGCUGUGGAUCUAACAACCAUGAAACCUCCAUACAGCCACAGCUUUACUGAGGGAGGCUACAUGGGGCAUGGAAUGCAAUAUGGCUCCUUCUCUGACCUCAGGCAGCCCACUGAUUUGCUAAGCCAUUCAUACCCAAUGCGAAGGUACAACUCGGCCUCUAAUAUCUACUCUGAUUACAGAUAUUCACUAAGAGGGGACUUAGCAAAUUUCCAGGAAGCCAGCCUUGCUCAUUAUAGCGCUACAACAGCUCGUGAAAUUAGUCGAAUGUGUGCAGCACUGAACUCUAUGGACCAGUAUGGGGGCAGGCAUACAAACAGCCCAGAUCUUCUCCAGUAUGGACAUAGUGGUCUUGCUGCUGGGCCAGGAGGGAGUGGAGGCAUCUCAGCCCAGCAGGAUGCCAUGAAAUCAAACUUAAUGUACAACCCAAAUUUUCCAGAAUCUCGCCCGGGCUUUGGAAACCUAGCCCCGUAUAAUGUGUCCAGGCUUGGAGCUGUUAGACAAGUAUUGCCUUCCACAGCCACCGUACGAGCUGCUGAUGGUAUGAUUUAUUCAACCAUUAAUACACCAAUAGCAUCAACACUUCCCAUCACCACCCAGCCAGCUUCUGUACUGCGACCUAUGCUCCGAGGCCUGUAUAGACCCUACGCUCCAGGUGGUAUUGCGGCUGUCCCUCUGGCCAACCUGACCAGAGUGCCUCUAGUUACUCCAAGGAUACCCCUUGCAGCUCAGGGGUAUCAUUAUCCAGUGCCCAGCAGACUCCCAGCAGUUCCCACAUCAUCAGUAAUGGAGACACCAAUGUAUCUAGGGAAGCCUCUUAGCACCACUGCAGCCAGCACUGCUGCCAGUAGUGUGAGCCCAGCACCAGUUUCCAAGUCCUCAGCUCCAACUGCUGUUGCCUUGCAAAGGCCUGAGCAGAAAAGCACACGAGAGGAGGCACCUGUGGUGACUACUGGGGUGCAGAGUACUGCCAGAGACUCUAGCCCAGGACAACAGCAGCAGAAACAGCAAACUGAAGCUCCACAGUCCAGUGUUGCCAGCAAAGGGACCACAGAAAGGGAAGAAAAGGAAAAGGAGGAAGAAAGGCAGAGGAAACAGCAGGAGCACAUCCUCCAGAUUGAGAGGGAGAGAGUAGAGCUGGAGAAGCUGAGACAGAUGAGGCUGCAUGAGGAGCUGGAGAGGGAACGUGUGGAGUUACAGAAACACAGAGAGAAGGAGCAGCUGCUGAUGCACAGGGAGAUCCAGGAGUUGCAAUCCAUAAAGCACCAGGUCCUGCAACAGCAGCAGGAAGAGCGCCAGGCCCAGUUUGCCCUGCAGCGGGAGCAGCUGGCCCAGCAGCGCUUGCAGCUGGAGCAGAUCCAGCAAUUGCAACAACAGCUGCAGCAGCAGCUGGAGGAGCAGAAGAGGCAAAAGAGCACCUUUCCUCCUGUCUGUGACCCAUCAGGGAGGAUCCCUCCCCAAGCUGCAUCUGAGAUAGCCAUAGAAAUGCAAAGGACCCUUGCUCAACAUGGGCAAUACUGGCCAACCUUAAGCCAAGCCUUCAUGCCUACCGCAGCCCCAGGACAAGAUGGGCAAGCACAGCCUCGCUAUCCUGGGCUCCAGAGGCCUCUCACCAACUCAGCCUCUGAAAUGUCCCUGCAGAUGGAGGAUCAGUGGGAAGGCAGUCGAGGGAUAAAGAAGCGGAACUCUAUGCCACGUCUUCGGGACGCAUUCGAUAAGGAGCCUGGCCAUGAGCCAUAUGUCGUGAAGAAGAUUACAGACAGCAGCGUACAAACGGAUGAGGAGGAUGGUGAGGAGCGCUUCUAUUCAUCCCGGCGACGCCGUACCCGGCGCAGCACUGAUUGCAGUGUUCAGACAGAUGAAGAAGACAAUGGCGAAUGGGAGCAACCAGUACGGCGCCGACGUUCCCGCUUCACACGGCACUCAGAUUCCAGUGCAGAAAGCAAGCAAGACUCUUCCACCAAAGGCAUAGCUAGUAUAGCAAUCCAAACCAUCAGUGACUGCUCCGUGCAGACUGAACCUGACCAGCUACACAGAGUAUCCCCCUCCAUCCACAUCACCACCCCUGACCCCAAGGUGGAGAUAGUGAAGUAUAUCUCUGCGCCCGAGAAGACCCAACGAGGAGAGAGCCUGGCUUGCCAGACGGAGCCAGAAGGACAGCCUCAGCCAGGCAUUGUGGUCCCUCAGCUCACUGUGCCUACAACAAUUAUGCCUUAUUCCUCCAACAUUCAGAUCGUAAGCACUGGUCCCCUGGAUCCCCAUUCAAUUCGGCAGCAAGCACUUGUGAAGAAAAAGCCUGACCCACUUGAAAUUGGCUAUCAGUCUCAUCUACCCACAGAUUCCUUGUCUCAGCUGUUGUCUCGUCAGCCUCCCAAGUCACCCCAGGUGCUCUACUCCCCAGUCUCCCCCCUGUCUCCCCAUCGGCUGCUAGAGUCAUCCUUCACAACAAGUGAAAGGCUCAACAAGGCCCACGUGACCCCACAGAAGCACUUCACAGCUGACUCCACCCAGCGCCAGCAGACCUUACCUCGCCCCAUCAAAACCAUGCAGAGAUCCUUAUCUGAUCCCAAGCCCAUCAGCCCAACAUCAGAGGAGACUGCAAAGGACAGGUUCUCCUUGUAUCAGCACACUUUGCUUCCUGGAAGCCAGAUUUCAGCUCUGCAGUCAAACACCCUCAUUCGGAAAGUGAAGCGGACACUCCCUAGCCCCCCACCUGAAGAAGCUCAUCUGCCUCUGGUCAGCCAAGCUCACUCUCAGAUGUAUAUGCCUGGCCUCAUGCAGAAGGGAUUGGGAGGGCAGGCCAUUCAAGUGACUAAAGCCAGCCUCCUCAAAGACAUUGACCGUGACUUGAAGCUAGUGGAGCACGAGUCCACAAAGCUGCGGAAGAAACAAGCAGAGCUCGAUGAGGAAGAAAAGGAGAUUGAUGCCAAACUGAAGUACUUGGAAUUGGGGAUCACUCAGAGAAAAGAGACUUUGCUAAAGGACCGGAAUGUUCGUGAUUAUCCCUACCUGAGAUGCCUGGCAGAGAACAGGGAUUACAUGUCUGACAGUGAGCUAAACAACCUUCGCUUGUCUGGCUAUGAGAGUGGCAGUCUCCUAACAAGGCCCAGCACUGCCCCUUCCAACCAAUAUGUGGACUUCUCCAGUGCACAGUACACAUCAGCCUCCUCUUAUACCCCAUAUCAGUACUCCUCAGGACAGGCUGCCCCACCAGGCCCAGCCACAUUCCAGCAAACGAGAUUUCCACCUCCACACUACCCCCCAGCAAGCAAUGGCCCUGUCCAAAAUGGCUUCCAAACAAGCCAGAUGCCUGCCUACCCGUCCCAAACUACAUACCAGACACACAGCUUUACUCCAAGCACCGGGUAUCAGUCUGAACUGGGACUGCAAAGCCACCAAGGCUUUCGUCCACCUUACCAAGUGCAGACCACUUAUCCCAGUCAGACACCUCUGCAGCCAGGCCAGAGUGUUCUUUUCCAGACCCAUGCAGAAACACACACAACCCCCCAGAAACCACGGCAGACAUCACUUGCUGACCUAGAGCAAAAGAUUCCCACCAAUUAUGAAGUAAUAGGCAAUCCGACUGUGGUAAUCUCAGCCGCAACUCCAGAAGUGGCAUAUAGCACCACAACAGUGACCAGCAGCUAUGACCAAUACAAGUCCCCAGAAGGAAGGCCAGCAGACAGGAGUGGUGCAGUACCAAGUCCCUCCACAAGCUAUUCCUCUGACUCUCUCUACACCAACCUAGAGCAGAACAUUCCUCGGAACUACGUAAUGAUUGAUGAUAUCAGUGAACUAACCAAACAGAACACCUCAGCGGAGGGCCAGAAAGGAGAUUUGCAGUUGCAGAGCAGCAAUGGACGAUAUAUCAAAGAGAAGAGUGACUUAGCAGAUGCAGAUGUCUCCAGCAGGCCUUGCUGCUACUCAAAAGGAGAAGAGGAGUCUGAGGAGGACUUGUAUGACCAUCAUGGUCCUGACCAUCGUGGGAAAGGCUACCAUAGGAGCACGGAGAGCAACGGGAGGAUGUCAGGUAGCUCUGGCUCCUACUACUAUGGGGAUGGUGAUUACAGGCACUCCUCUCGCCCAGACAAGCAUGGGUCCGCUGUGGGAAUGCAGAAGCACUCUUCAAAAAACUUGGCUCCAGCUGUCAUAUCUUCCAAACGCAGCAAGCAUAGGAAACAAGGUAUGGAGCAGAAGAUCUCCAAAUUCUCCCCUAUAGAAGAAGCAAAAGAUGUGGAAUCAGACUUGGCCUCUUACACAGUAACCACGUCAGUCAGCAGCAGUAGUGUAACAUCCAGAGCAAAGAAGAUGCAAGAUGACAUCACAUAUGGCCUCAAAAAAAACGUAUACGAACAACAGAAAUACUACAGUGGGUCUGGCAGGGAUAUGAUGGAAGAAGAUGACAGAGCAUAUAGUGGUGGGCGAUCCAGAUCUUCCGGUUAUGUGUCGGAGAAGAUGUCGAGCCGUGAGAUCAGAAGCAGGUCCUAUGAGAGAGAGAGCAUGGAGAGGCCUCAGAAAGGAAGCUCCAAGCCUUCUUCCCUUAGUAUGACUCAGAGUCGCGGGCGACCUCCAAUUCGCACCCAAACUUCAGAGGAAGAGAGCCCUAUCAGCCCUUUGGGGAAAUCAAUGGGUGUAUCACGGUCCUCAGGUGGUCCUCUCCCUCAGUCUGCUGGAGACAGUUGCUCCCAGUUCUGCUCCAGUCACUCAUUGCCUGAUGUCCAAGAACAUAUAAAAGAAGUGCCAAGAACCCACUCUUACAAGCAUGAAGAAGGUUACAUCAUGGAUGAUUCACACUGUGUUGUUUCAGACAGUGAAGCCUAUCACUUGGGUCAGGAAGAGACAGACUGGUUCGAUAAGCCAAGGGAACCUCGCUCAGAGAGAAUGAGGCAUUAUGGUGGCCACUCCUCAUCCUCCCAAAAGAGAGCUCCAAUUAAACACACCUAUCAUGACUAUGAUGAACCCCCAGAUGAAGACUUGUGGCAUCAUGAUGAUUACUCUCACCCACGACACUCCUCUUCCAAAGACCACAGGCACCACGGAGACUAUGGGAGACAUUCAUCCUCUCGACAUUCCAGUGAUGAUCUGCCAAGGAGAUCAUCUAGGCAACAUCCAAGGGAUCCAGGCCGCCAUGAUUCGCGUGGACAUGGACAACCUUCUUCUCAGAAGAAAGCUCAGCAAGCAGAUAUAAGAGCACAGCCAGGUUAUCCUUCCAGCUCCUCAGAGUACUCCCAGCCGUCCCGGCAGCCAUCUAGCUACCAUCAUACCUCGGAGUCCCAAAAAUCGCAGAGGCAGAUGCAGCAUGGGCUGCCAUCUCAGCAGCCAAAGUCAGAGCCUCUUUCCCACCAACAGCAGCAGCAGCAGCAGCAGCAAACAAGACAACAACAAGUAGGACAGCAGCAGCAGCAGCCAUCAUCCAGGCAGCAACAACCAUCAAGCAGACAGCCUCAGCAGCAGCAUCAAACAGCCCCCUCACAGCAGCCUUCACAGCAACAGCCCCAGCAAGCUAGGGUGCAGCAGCAGCUGCAGCCGCAGCUGCAGCCACAGCCACAGCAGCCACACCCAGGAACCCAAGCCCAGCCCUCCUCACGGCCGGCCCAACAGCAGCCUGGCCAACCCCAGCCAACAGGCAAACCACAAUCAACCUUCCAAACACAACCUAGUACUCAGCAAGCAGGAUCACCUAAAGCAGAGCAGAUGGAUGCAUCCAAACCAACCACAAAAGUGCCACAGGUGGGGAAAGCACCCCAAACACAGCCACAGGGAACAGCAGUAGGAGGCAUUAAAUUAGGUCCCAAACCAGCAGGAGCACCCACUUCUGCAGGUGCAGCAGCUGGACAGCCAGGAGCUGAGGGAGAGAGUGUCUUCUCCAAAAUCCUGCCAGGAGGGGCAGCAGAACAAGCAGGCAAAUUGACAGAAGCUGUGUCAGCUUUUGGCAAGAAAUUCACAUCAUUUUGGUGAGAGAACAUAGCUAGGAGUUUAGGAGAAUAAGUGGAGAUCUCAUCAUUGCACUGGAAAACCCUAUGAAGAAUCCAUUGGAAUUCAGUCUGCUGCUCCAGACUCUGGGUAUAACACUUUUGAAACCAUGGAAAACCACUAGGCUAUGAGACUGAAAAUGGAAGAGAUUUUUAUAUGGACGUUUGCCUGUGGAUCCCAUUAGAAGCUCCUUGAGGACGUCUGAGCCAACUGUCACAAAUGGCUUUCAGAAGCCACCAGCUGUCAACAUCAUGGUCUGUGUUGCAUGAGCCCACAGGGGUGAAGGCACACACUUCGUCUGAGAGGAUAUACAUGAGAAACGUUUACAGAACACGGUCCUGUUCCAGUUUGUCAUGCCGACUGGGUGCUUCCCUGAUGCUGGAGGUGAUGUCUGGGACUCCAGAGACUACUCACUGCUGUGGUUCCAUUUGUGCCUAGGGUCUAGUCUUGGGAGCCGUGGCCCUUUCUUGAAAUUAUACACAGAGUUUCUCUUACUGAAUUUUCACUCUAGACUCUUCAUAGGUUUUUCACAGUCUCCAAGAUGUGCUCAAGUCGAGGGCUAGGAGCUGGAGGCUCCAUUCUCCUUCACAUUCCAGUUUGCCCUGUCGAUUCCUCCACCUGCACAGUGUUUGUUCCCUCUCAUCAUCCCUGCCAUGGAAAGCAUGGGAAGAAGAGAACUUCGACGAGGACCUAACACUGUUUCACUACUGAGAUAAGAGGCCAUAGGACUCUGAAAGGCAGUGCAAACUGGCUAUUGACUGAAGCAAAUGCUGGCCAGGCAUGUCUAUCAGCCACCCCAAAGCCAUCCUGAAGCCAUUCUGAAGCAUUCAAAUGGCAGUGCUUUCCAUUGUUAGUGUUGCGCAUUGUUUUACGUAUGCCUGGGGAUUAUUUUUAUUUGAAAAACAGCCUUAAUCAUUCCACUUUUAUUUACGUGUAUACCUCAUCAGCACCCAGCAACUGGAGGCUUGGAUUUAUGUUUUUGUGAGGUUCUUUAUUUUAUAUAUAUAUAUAUAUAUAUAUAUAUAUAUAUAUAUAUAUAUAUAUAUAUAUAUAUAUAUAAAUAUAAACAUACUGUUUUUCCUUUUCACUGAGUUAGCACAUGGGCUGUUGUCGGUAGAAGCAAUAGAGUGCAGAAGGCUAUAAAGAGCACAAUCCAGCGUGAUGAGAUCAGGAGAGCUUGCCUCUGCCAUCCUCCUUCCUACUACUGUGCAAUUCAAGUCCUUCUUAAGCCAUUACAAGUGGGCAUGCUCAGAACGAUGGAGGAGCUACCUGGAGCAGUUCGUCAUUGAACCUGCCAGUGUGGAGCUUCUUGCACUGUUACUCGCGAGAGCCGAAAGAAAAUCCUGUGAAGCAGCUCCUCGUUUUCUUUGCUGUAAAGAAUUCAGCAAGUGUACAGAUGCUCUGGUUCCCAUUUGUUUGUGCUGUCUGUUUCCUGCCCGUCUCUCGUCCACGCUGAGCAUGCUCAAGAACAACAAUUCCUUGGUGUGACCCAUAGGAGCUUCCAUUCACCGUGGGUAACAGCAAAAUGAUUCUCAUGUCUAAUGUUCUAUGCAAUGAAAUAACAAAAAAAUUAAAAACAACUGUUAAUAUUUAAUAAGUUCAAUGUUAUGUAUAAGGAUUUAAUUGCAAAUGUGCUAUUGAGAAACUGGAUAGGUAUCUUUAUAUCAAACACCUGUGUGUAUGAAGUUUUCAAUUAGUGGCAUGCUUGACCCGUUCGAGGGACACUUCUGCCAAAGGGUAGCCAUAGAGCCAGUGACUGUCUCUGUCUAUUGUAGAGCAUGGCUUGCUACUUCUCUGCACGGUUUCAUCUACUUAGAAUGCUUGCCGUUCUUUGCUUGAAGUUAUUUUUUUCUCCAAUUGGUUCAUCAUCUCUAUUGAAUGCCAUUAGCAGAUUUAUGCACUUGUUAUUAAAGGCCUGUCAGUAACACCAUGACAUGUAACUAUCCUGCAGAAUGUUACACCAGGUGUUUUCCACGGAACUCCAUUAACUAUCUGCCCUUGGCCACAUCCUUCCCUGCAGUAGCCAUUAGUGUCCACUCCUAGGGGAUUCCUAGGCUUUCUCUAGACCUGAAGCACAUUCCUCCUGGCCAAAAAAAGUAAACCCAAAUCCUAUUUAGGGCUCAUUCACAUGGCAACUUACUGUGAGAUUGGUGCUACUUGCAUCCCUGUUAAAUUCGCAUGGUUCACAUGACGUUGCAGGCAAUCAGCAGUUAGAACACAGUUUGCUCCUAUAAAUCCAUAUUAAGUCAAUCCGGAGAUAAUGCAAAAAGUAAAGGAAAAAACAUCUCCACUUCGCUGCGUUGCUCCAUGUAGGCAGUCUGCUUUGUGGUUUUUUCCUGGGCGGGUGGAUCAUCGCGUUUAGAUACUCCCCUUUCUCCACCCACUAAACUCUCCAUGAGUUCCAUUUUGUUUCCGGCAGCUUAACCAGCCACUUCUGACUGCUCUGUCCUCCCGCAUUUGCUGUAGCCAUCCUUCCCCCCCUUCCCCCCAUUAAGUUCCUUCCCUCCCCUAGUUCCUUGAAACCAUUGAAAAGGAAUUGUGAAGGAAUGCAAAUGACAGAAGCCACACGCACACACAGAGCUCUUUUUUAAAAAGGGUUUUAUUGCAAACCUGUCAAGAAACGACAGACAGAAAAAUGGAUGGGUGAAAGUUAUGAUUGCAAAUUAACUGCAGAAUCUGACAAACACAAAAAUAAUUGUUUUUUCAAGGGGAGGGGGAAAGUCUGACAAUGCGCCACAAAUAAUGAGGGGGAGAUGACCGGAAUGCUUUUCACCCCACUGCUGCAACUGCAGCCUACAUUACUCUCUCCCUCAAAUCAGUUUCAUGUCCAUUGCACCCCCACCCUCAGCCAGGAGAGUUGACCAAAACAAUGAAACUGACCAAAAAAAAAGCAUCCCUCCAUUAGCAAUAACCAUACUCCCCAUGCAGUAAACAUGCAAAACAGGGGGCAGGGCCACAAAAUAGCAAAAUGAAUCCUUCCCAGAGGAACGCUGACUAGUGUGAAUAGAAAACAGCGGAUUCGAAUGUAGGAAGUAUGAACCAUGCAAAUCUAUUGUGAUGGCAGAAGCUGCGUCUUUACUGCGAAGUUUAACUCCUGUGUGAAUGAGCCCUUAGAUUUGAGAGAACCACAGGCUGGGGAGGCGUUCCAAGGCUGGGAUACACUGAUAGACUGCAAGGGCAAUUGGAACAGCUCUGGUAUCAGUUAGUGGAGGGGGAAAAACCAACACCAACCACUGUAUUUCCCUACAGUACCCAGGAACCAACAGUGAUGACUGCUGUUCCCACAAGUGCUAUGUUAAUGUAUAAGGAGGUACUGAACCACAGCUCCUAGAGAUGUGAGGCUGAGAGCAACUGAGAGGUAUAGUUUAAGAUUAUGUAGAUUCCAGAAUCUAGAGCAAUUCCAUUCAUUUCCACCAUACCUAUUGAAUUGAAACUUUAUUUUUACCCCGCCCUUUUUCCAAACUGGAACUCAGGGCGGCUUACAAAUAGAACUACAUGUAGUUAAAAACAUAGAAAAACAUAUAAUUAAAAUACAAUUAAACUAUGCACAACCUUAAAACCAUGAA